AUGACGAAACCACUCCGUGUCAUGUCUGUUUACGGGACGCGUCCCGAAGCCAUAAAGAUGGUGCCAAUUUUGUACGCUCUGCAGGAAGCCGUUGGGGUUGAGAGUAUUGUGGCGGUGACAGGACAACAUCGGGAUAUGCUGGAGCAGGUUCACCGUCAAUUCAACAUCAAGCCCGACUAUGACCUCAAGAUUAUGCGACAGAACCAAACCCUCAAUGCCAUUGCAGGCCGCAUUUUACAAGAUCUCGACCCGGUUCUUGAGCGGGCCAACCCCGAUGUUGUGCUCGUUCAUGGUGACACGACAUCUGCCAUGGCGGCGGCAUUGGCCGCCUUUAACCGUGGCAUCGCACUGGUACACAUUGAGGCGGGACUGCGCUCUGGUGACUUGAGCUGCCCAUUCCCGGAAGAAGCCAAUCGCAAGAUGAUUGCUCAGAUUGCCACACUUCACUUGGCGCCCACCAGCGCUGCUCGCGCAUCACUCAUCCGAGAGGGUGUGGCGGAGAGCGACAUUAUUCUCACCGGAAACUCCACGAUUGAUACGUUAAUGUCGGUCAUCAAAGUUCCUCCAUCAUUCACCAAUCAGCGCGUACGCGACAUGGUGGCUACAUCAGCGACAAACCCUGUGAUGCUAGUGACCAUGCAUAGAAGGGAAAACAUGGGGAACCGGCUGGCAGAAGUUGCAGAUGCCGUUCGAACAGUCGCCUCCUUGCAUCCUCAUUGCUCCAUCAUAUGGCCUGGCCACAGCAAACCGGGAAUCUACAAGACCAUCCGUCCUUUGUUGGAAGACAUUCCAAACAUUGCCAUUGUCGAGCCGCUAAUGUACCACGAAUUUAUCCACCUAGUACGCAUUGCACGGGUUAUCCUCACAGAUUCUGGCGGUGUUCAGGAAGAGGGCGUAACCAUGGGCACACCUGUGCUCGUAACUCGCGAUGUGACAGAUCGUGUCGAAGGCUUGGGAUCGGGGCUGACUGUUGUCGGAACAUGCAAAGAGACGAUUGUAUCAGAGCUUGACCAAUAUCUAAGCACACGGAAUAACUCGUCUGAUGCAGAUACGAGCAAAACAUCAAGUUUGAUAUUUGGGGAUGGCCAGGCAGCAGAGCGGACUGUCAAAGCUAUUCUGGACGUGUUUAGCUGA